AUGUUUAGAGGACAAAUGUUUGCAGUACAGAGGAUGGGAAGUGCACUAAUGCACGGCGGUGGAGGCGGAACUAGAAUAAUCGGUGUAGCAGCUGCUAGAGCAACUGCUCCUACCGUCGGCUCUAGUCCUUCCAUGGCCUCUGCUAGAUUUUACCAUCCAAAGGUCAUUGAUCAUUAUACAAACCCAAGAAAUGUUGGGUCUCUAGACAAGAAUUUGCCAAAUGUUGGAACGGGUCUUGUCGGUGCCCCAGCUUGUGGUGAUGUGAUGAAAUUGCAAAUCCAAGUUAACGACGAAACAGGAGUGAUAGAAAACGUUAAGUUCAAGACGUUCGGGUGCGGGUCUGCCAUCGCUUCUUCUUCAUACAUGACCGAAUUGGUCCGUGGGAAAACCUUGGAAGAUGCAGCAAAGAUUAAAAAUACAGAAAUCGCCAGAGAAUUGAGUUUACCUCCGGUUAAAUUGCAUUGUUCUAUGUUGGCUGAAGAUGCCAUCAAGGCUGCCAUCAAGGAUUACCAGGCUAAGAGACCUACAACACAGUUGAAAUAG